CCCCUCCCCCUCCCCCAUGAGGUGCGCUAGCUGCGUGUGCUGCAGACAGGCAGCAGGAGAUGCCAUGAGGAGCGGCUUUUAAGAUGAUAUGGCUGGCAAUGAAGCAAUAAUGGAGAGAUCUGUGAGGAGAAGACGGGUCCGUCCACAACAGGAUGCCGAACAACACAUUAAACUGAAAACCGACAAGGCUGGUCUCACAGAGCAUUUUAUCAACCCAUACAAAGGUCGAGGUGUGCUUGCUGUGGAGGUUUUCAACAAAGGAGAUUUUGUGCUUGAAUACCGUGGUAAACUUUUCAAACAGGAUGGUCUUCUUACGAAGAACUACAAUGACACAGAAGCAGUAUUCCUGUUUGACUUCAAAUGGAAAGGGGCAUGCUGGUGUCUUGAUGCAUCUGUUGAAGACAAGUCACUGGGAAGGCUUGUGAAUGAUGACAACAUCAAGCCUAACUGCAAGAUAAAAGCUAUUGAUGUUGGUGGGAUGCCAUAUCUUUGCCUGUUUGCCCUGAGAGACAUUGCCCCAGGUGAAGAAAUAACUUACAAUUACGGGGAUUCAGACUGGCCUUGGCGUAGACAGUUUUUUUCUGGUUUCCUUUUCCAGCAGAACAUGGUACCUGAUGUCAGUGAACAGCCGAUACCUGAUGUCAGGGACAGACUUCAGCAGAACAUGGCACCUGAUGUUAGCCAGCCGGUUGUGGAAGAGAGCGAUAGACUUCAGCAGAACAUGGUACCUGAUGUCAGUGAACAGCCGAUACCUGAUGUCAGGGACAGACUUCAGCAGCAAAUGGCACCUGUAUUCAGCGGACAGAUGAUGGCUGAUGUCAGGGACAGACUUCAGCAGAACACAGCACCUGAUGUUAGCCAGCCGGUUGUGGAAGAGAGCGACAGACUUCAGCAGAACAUGGUACCUGAUGUCAGUGAACAGCCGAUACCUGAUGUCAGGGACAGACUUCAGCAGCAAAUGGCACCUGUAUUCAGCGGACAGAUGAUGGCUGAUGUCAGGGACAGACUUCAGCAGAACACAGCACCUGAUGUUAGCCAGCCGGUUGUGGAAGAGAGCGACAGACUUCAGCAGAACAUGGUACCUGAUGUCAGUGAACAGCCGAUACCUGAUGUCAGGGACAGACUUCAGCAGAACAUGGCACCUGAUGUCAGUGAACAGCCGAUACCUGAUGUCAGGGACAGACUUCAGUCUCGAAUGGCCAAAUAUAGACAGCACCAUGAGGAAUGCUUCAAUCGUCACAAAAUUGCAGAGGAGGAGCGAAAUGCUAAAGAAAGACAGCGUACAAUGAAUUUGUUAAAGCGUGCACAACUGGUUCAACAAUUGGCACAACUGGAUAUGCUUCUAACUUCGCAAUCCCCAUUGCAUGAUGAUAUUCAGUCACUAGCCUCAUCAGAUACCUCGCCCCUGGAUGAAUCAACGAACACCAGUGAUCUGUUGGAAGAUGGAGAGCCAGCAACAAAAACACAGACAACAGCUUCUCUUACGUGUGCUACAUCGUCAGAUAGUCAAAGAUCUUGGAAUUGUUCAGUGGAUGACUCAAAAAGGACAUCUUCAAGACAAAGACAGGCCACUUCUUAUAUGGAAACAUCCUUUGAUGAAUCUGAUCUCACAGACUAUAGUGAUCAGGACUAUGUCCCAGACUCUGAAGCAGGAAGUUCCUCUGAGCCUGAUGAAGACACACCACUGUAUCCAGUUGCGAAAAAGCCCUUGCCGUCGCUGCAAUAUCCUGUUUUAUCUUCAUCAACACAAGACAUUGAUUCAGGAAGCCCAGAAAAAAGAGACACUGCAGUCAGCCCUAAGAAGAGGAACUUGAUCACUCAAAGGAAGAGAAAGAUUUCAUCCCCCAGUCCACUAAAGAGCAACUCAAACACUCCUGAGAAAAGCAGAAUCCAACAAAUUUGUGGCUCAAUUAGAGUAUUGCCUCCCUCAAAUUCUGAAACUCGUCGAGUGUACAACAAGAGGAACUACUGUCUCUUUUGCCUCCAUCCCAUAUCAAAAAUUUCACGACACCUGGAAGCUGUACAUGGGAAUGAGGCAGAGGUUGCCCUAGCAUUUCAGCAUCCAAAGAAUUCAAAAGAGAGACGCAAAAAGUUGAACAUUCUUAGAAGACGUGGAAACUUUGCCCACAACGCCAAUGUUGUGAGGGAGGGAGCUGGAGAGCUCCAGGCCUGCUACAGACCACGAAAGUGUAAACGUGCCUGUGAAUUUAUUCAUUGUUUUCAUUGUCAAGGACUUUAUGCAAAGAAAACAUUGUGGAAGCACAUGAAAAUCUGCCCAGCGAAGACAGAAGCCAGUGAUGAAUCCAGCAGUGGGAGGAGGCGAGUUCGAUCCAAAUGUGCCCUUAAAACUGCCGUUGUGCGUGAGAUUAGUGAGGGCUUGAAGAAUGUGAUUUCCUCCAUGACCUAUGAUGAGGUCACUCAGCUCAUUCAAAAUGACAAACUUCUCUUGCAGUUUGGACAACACCUGUUUGAUCUAAAUGGGUCAAGAAAGAACAGACAUGACUACAUAAGGCAAAGACUUAGAGAACUUGGGCGAUUAUUACUUGUGGCUAAGAAGAAUACUCCCAUCCGGAAGGCAGAGGAACUCAUCUAUCCUUCAAACUUCAGUCAUGUGAUAUCUGCAGUGAAAGAGUUGGCUGGGUACAAUGCAGAGAGCAACACAUUCCGCACACCUUCCUUAGCCCUCAAAACUGGUAACAGUCUAGGUAUAAUCUGUGAGCUUGUAGAGAGUGAUAAUUUGUCCACAGUUGACAGAGACCAGAGCCUGGUAGAAUUUGCUCGAGAAUUCAAGACCAUUAAACAAUUCAGAUGGAAGGGAUUGAUUACCAGAGGAGCAACAACCUCUCUGAAAGAGUCAAAGUGGAAUGCACCACAGAUUAUACCUCUCACUGAAGAUGUCAAACUUUUGGACUCUCACAUGGAGAAUGUUAGAGUGGUUGUUGAGAGAAUGCUGAAACUGUGCCCCUCUGCAAAGAACUAUGCAACACUUGCCAAAGUGACACUUGCUCAGCUGAUCAUUUUCAACCGAAGAAGAGAAGGAGAGGUGUCACGAAUGGAGUUGAGCACUUUCAAAGCAAGGAGAAAGUCAGAACUUAAUGAGGACAUGGCCCUAUGUCUUACCCCACUUGAGAACAAGAUGUGUGAUUUCUUCACCAGAGUAGAAAUCAGGGGGAAACGAGGCAGAGGAGUCCCUGUGCUCCUAAAACCAUCGAUAGUGUCAGCUAUGGAGCUUCUAGCUGACACUCGUGAGCUGUGUGGAGUCCCCAAAGAGAACAUCUACAUGUUUGGUAGACCAGGAACGUCAUCAGCUUACAGAGGGGGAGAAUGCAUCCAAAAAUUUGCAAGGGAGAGUGGUGCCAAACAUCCCGAGUUCUUAACCUCAACAAGGCUCCGGAAGCACAUAGCAACAAUGUCUCAAGUUCUAAAUCUUCAAGAAAAUGAAGCAGACCAACUUGCUGACUUUCUUGGGCAUGACAUUCGUGUGCACAGGCAGUAUUACCGCCUUCCGCAGGGAACACUUCAGCUCGCCAAAAUGAGCAAAAUGCUUUUGGCUGUGGAAAAGGGGACUCUGUCACAGUACAAAGGACAAACUCUUGAUGACAUUGAGAUUGACCCCGAAGAAAAAGUUGAUUCCUCACAAGAUCAGGACGCGUCAAGUGAUGAGGAUGAGUCUGUUGAGUUGACCACUGAGGCAACAGGUGAAGACGGCCAGGAGAAUACACCUUUACUUCCGACCACUGCUUCCAGUUCCACUCCUCCCAGUGCUCUUCUCAAUCAAGACAAGAGGUAACUCCAAACGUAAGUGGGAAGACAGCGAGGUGCGUGCAGUUGAAAGACACAUGAUGCGCUUCAUCCACACAUGCAAGGUACCUCAAAAGAUUGACUGCAUUCGGUGUAUCAACGCAGAACCUGAUGCGCUCAAAGACCGAAUCUGGACUGGAGUGAAAAAUGAUGUCAGAAAUCGGAUCACUGCCUUAAAGAGAAAGGCUUGUUCUCAGGACUCAUGAUAGAUAUUUGUUGAAGUAUACCUGUUUGAAGUAUAUCUGUAUCUUGUUUCAGAGGCUAAUGUUAAAUUUGUCUGUGCACAAAGGUCUUCUGUAUUUUUAUAUAGCCAAAGUUCUUGGUUGUAGUUUGGAGCACAACAUGCUAUGUUGCUAGCGAGCCUAAGAAAUUGUUUCUCUGAACAGUCUCUAGUCAAGUAUGUUAACUGACUGUUAGCUGUCCAGAUGCAUUCAUUUGAAAGCUAGCCAAGUUUGUGACAACCUGUAAUUUUCAAGGACAUUCCAUUUGAGCUGUGUGGCACUCGUACAUGAUGUCCAUCCAUUAUGUCACUAAAAAGAUAUCAGCAAACGCAA